AUGGAAAUACGGUUGAGCUCGUUCAAAAGAGAGCAUUCGCUGAAAGAGUUGUUGUCGAAGGACAUGUCAGAGUAUUGGGCAUCAGAUGAUGUGUUGCCACAUGCAAUACAGAUUUCAUUUUCAAAGGUAAGAUAUGUUCAGGCCGUGCAGUUGUUUCUGAGCUUUUCACAGGAUGAUAGCUACACACCCGAGAGGGUUGAGAUCAGAGCUGGGAUGACCAGGGAAGACAUCCAGGCAAUAGGAUCUGUUGUACUUAUUGAACCUGAGGGAUUGGUUACGCUCUGUGUUGCAAGGAGAUGUCUAUACAUUCAAGUGGUUAUCCAUUCAAACCAUCAGGAAGGAAAGGACAGUCAUGUAAGGCACAUAAAGGUGCUGGAAUCUUUAACAAAGGAAAUAUACCACAAAGUAUAA